GUAAGGAUGAAGGAAAACAAAAUAGGUGAAAUAUAGGCAGAGAAAGUUAUUAGUAUAUAAUAUCUGGAUAAUAAUUAUGAGCCAGCAUCAAUCACGGAGAGAUAAGGAUGAAGCAAUCAAGUAUGGGGAAGUGUUCAGCGUGUCUGGAGAAUUAGCACGCCAGCCUAUCACCCCAAGAGACGCAGCCACACUGCAAUCUGUGGAAGGCCAAAUUCUCGGAGAAACUCGAAAGGGUGGCCCUGCUGCCAUGAUGGAAUCUGCGGCUGCAAAAAAUCAAAGAGCCAGUGUUGUUGACCGCAAAGACGUCACAAACAUCGCCCGAAACGAAGGGGUUACCAUAUCGAAACAGAAAAAUGAAAGGGGCAACAGUGUCGUCACCAAAACCCUUGGUGGACAGGUUGUGGGGCAGUACGAAGAAGUAGAUGAGACAAAGGAUGAGUUAGAUGUUAAUGAUGGUAGUGAUAGCAGCGGCGGUAAUUUAACCCAAACUUCACACGUGAAACCAACGAAAGAUGACGAGUACAAUUUUAUAAGUAACUAAGAUGAUGCUACUUCUCUUAAUCCGCGCCUUUCUGCUGCUGACUACCUACAACAGAAUACACUAUCUACUGUUUUAACGGUAUAUCAAUUAUUCUAUUUCUGCUCUAUUAACCUGAAUAUUUUUUGGGAUAGCAAUAUAUAUUGAUAAAUUUGACAAUUGCAUGGAAACAAGGGCAAGAGAAUCCAAAUGUUACUACAAGUAGCGUACCUGGUGGCAUGGGAGCAUCCAUGGCCACCGCUGAUCAGAGGCUCACAAAAAAUAAGUGACACACUUUCUUAAACUUGAUUACUCUCUACCAUGCCCUUUUAAGUUGUAAUCUGGUUGUGCUUCUUUAUCUAUGCGUGUAUAUUUUAUAAUUAUGUGAUAAAUAAAUUAGGGUGUUUUUUAAUUACUUUUCUUUUGUAUAUAUUUUAUGAUUCCCUUAAUUGCUACCUUCAUAUAGCAUAUUACGUGAAAAUAUAGAUACUCGAUUAAGUAUCAUCCAAAUUUUUGCAUAUAUAGUUGUCCUUGUUUUGGGCCCAUUCGUUUCGGUUAGAAGGCCCAUAAGCCCAUGUUGGGUGACUUUAUCCUGUAGCCCAGGUGUUUCGCCCAUGACUCCAUGAGUGAGAGUAGGUAGAUUGAGAUUUAGCAUUUGGUUUAGUUGUCACGUACAUUCAGAUAUUUCAAAGCUGAAAAUUAUUGGAUGCACGGAUUGCGAAAUUAGUUUGUUCCAACUGCAACUUACAUGUUGCUGAUUUACUUUAAAAAAUAAGAUUAAUGGAUUAAUUAGUUUGUAAUUUUAAGUGGAUAGGAGGCAAUUAGAAUUAGUAUGUAUAUAUAUAAGAACAAGGGAAU